CAUACACACAGUAUAAUUUAUCCUCAUUUUAGAAAAAAAAAAUUCCUCUGUAUACGUUUGAGUCACUUGAUUUUUAUAAAAAUCAGAAAACUGUAAAGGAAAAAUUUACCAACAUUAAAUAAUCUUUUCCGGAGACACCGAAGGGCUCGUCCUUCAGUACAUUGUAUGCCCAACGUCGAAAGUAAAACAUUUUCUUUUAGAGAUGAAGACUAUAAGGGAGUUGUCUGGAACAGACCAGAAGCAGAUUGCAAUCCCAGCGACUGGAAAGAAUGCCGACGAAACGGAAGAGAAUUCUGUAUACGAACUACAGAUUUUUAAGUUGAACUUUGCCCUCCUGACUUACUCUGGUCUGUGGAUUCCAGAGUCAUCAAGCAAGCUUUCAAAAAUACUCUAUAAUGUCUUCCCACUGUUACAGCUUACUCACAUGGCAAUUACAAUAGGUUCUCAGGUGAUCGCUAUGGUUAUAUAUUGGGGUAAUAUGAGAGUAAUUACUUAUACCCUUGGUACUACAAUGGGUUGUGUCAUAACCUGUUGUGACUACAUCAACUUCAUGUAUCGUAAACGUACAGUUUUAGAAAUGGUUCAUCAUAUGAAGACCGAGUUCAUUGCGAAAAUGAGACCGAAAUAUAGGAAAUUACUUGAUUCGACUGAACGCGAGGCUAAAUUCCUCACCAUUUUGAGGGUCGUCUUGGCUGUGUUGGCUAUUACUUCCGCGGGGCUCCUACCGAUUAUCAACAAAGACGCGUCCGCUGUAGACAUCGAUUUUAAAAAUAUGACCACGGAGCAGAUCAUUACAGAAAAAUUAGUACUUGUGAUGUACAUACCAUUUGAAUUUCGUGAAUCGCCUCAGUAUGAAAUGACAUUUCUCUACCAAAUUCUUUCUGCUAGUAUGAUGGUAUUUUCUAGCCAAUCAGUUGAUUUGUUGUUAAUGAUUUUAAUGAGUCUGCUGGCUGCCCGGUUUAAAAUUUUGGGAAAGUUGUUAGAUGAAAUGAAUGAGAAUAUUUCCGAGGACAAAAUAAAUUACGAGGACUAUAUCUUACCGGAUGACUUCAGCGCCCACAGUAGUAAUUUCGAAGGGAUUCCGGAUGAGACGGCUUUAACAGGGGACAAGGAUGACCCCUUUAGACUAUACCUCGUUGACUGCAUCAGACAACAUGAAUCGGCGAUACAAUUCACCUAUAAAUUAAAUAAUGUGGUGAGCAUAGCCGGAAUGUUGCAGAUGAUAAAUAUUCCCAUUAUGAUGUGUGCCACUGGGUAUCAGGUGACUCAGGGACUUAAUAUAAAUGAAUUUUGCAAGUUCCUGACUUUGCUCGUACUGAUUAUGUACAAGUUAUUUGUGUACUGUUGGUUCGGACAAGAUGUCCUAGAUCAGAGUGAGGCAGUGCAGACUUCUCUUUAUGGAACAGACUGGUACAAACUCAAAAAUUCCUACAAAAGUCUCAUUCCUACGAUGCUCAUGCGAGCUACGAGAGCUGUAAAACUGAGAAAUGGAGUCUUCAACGAGCUGCACUUUGCUUCGUAUUCAGCGGUACUAAACACCGCGUAUUCAUACAUUGCGUUACUUCGUCAGUUCAAUGAAUAAUAGAAACUACGUUGGAAAGCUCAUUUUAAUAUUGAAUUGUCAUUAAACAUAAAAUAAUUAGUAGAUACAAAUUAAUUAUGAAAUAACUUUAUAUUCGUUCUGCAGUUUUUAAAGUAUAUGCUAUAUUUUAGUGUCUGGUGUUAAAUGUUCUCAAAUUUGAACUGAAAUAUUGUGUUCUGUUUGGACGUUUUUGCAAGAAAUUUAAAAUCAAUUUCAUUAAAAUGUUUGGAGUUAAACAGGACUGCAUAUGGCAGCCCUUUCACGUAUUGCCAGUAGUACCAGUGAUAGAGGUAGUAUUAGCCAUCUACGUAAUAAAUGUACUUAAUAGUAGUAGUGGUCUAUUACAAGAUAAUAAUCCCAUCAGUUACAGUACAGAUAUGCCUAACAGUAACUAAUGAUAAUUCUAGUUAAAUAAACCACUUCUUUCGCGAAAUAUAGAAACACAGAAGUGACUACGUUCUAGAUAACAUUUCGUUAAAACACAACUCAAGCUAAGUUAAAAUGUCACCA